AGACUCUCCCUGGGCCUCAGAGGGACUGGAUGAGUACACCCAAGAAAAGAGCUAGACUGAGGAACCGGGCUUUAUUUCAGAACGAGAGCUGCGUCUUCUCCCCCAUAAAGAAGAAGAAUGGAGAAGCUUCUGGUUCUGUCUUUGGUGAUUCUGUGGCUUCAGCUGGCCAAGGUGAAUAGCCAACAAGGAGAACAGAAUCUUCAGACCCUGAGCAUCCAGGAGGGUGAAAAUGUCACCAUGAACUGCAGUUAUAAAAGUAUUACUAUAACUGCCUUACAGUGGUACAGACAGGAUUCAAGGCAAGGCUUUGUUCAUCUGAUUUUAAUGCGUUCAAAUGAGAGACAGAAAUAUAGUGGGAGACUACACUUCACACUUGACAACUCCAUCAAAAGCAGUUCCUUGUCCAUCACGGCUUCCCAGGCUGAGGACGCGGCUACUUACCUCUGUGCUGCAGACCCACAGUGUUCAGUGGGCACCCGCAGCCCCAGCAGAAACCUGCCAGAGCUGUCUCUUAGAAGCCGCAACAGUGUGCAGAGUUGGUGGUUUUGUCUUCCCACAAAGGAGAGUCUGCAAACGGCUAGCAACACGAAAGGGAGCUCCUCUCAAAUUCGAUAUUUUCGCCAUAUCAUCGGUGUAGCAGCCUUCAGUUUCCUCAGUUUAAACAAAGGAUUUAGACUGGAUGAGCCUAAAGACCCUUCAAGUCCUAAUUUUACCAGGUCACCUCUGGAGGAUGAAGAAGGACUUCUCAGUAAAGAAGGGCUCAUCUGUUAUAUGUGCAGCCCCCUCACGACCUAG